AUGUAUAGCUCAAGUCGCGAUGAAACAUUUUUGGCUGGUAAUGUGGACAAGCACACACAUAUCUACAUGACUGAGCAUGUCACAUUUGGGCAAGCUCAAUCUAGUCUGUUUUGCGGUCAUUCACAAACGCAUGUUUUCCAACGAGAUGAUGGAGCGAUAACAACUAAAAUGCAAUUCACCAGUGCCUUCAUUGUAGCAGCAUCAAUCAUUGCAACAGUACAUGCUGCUGUGAUUCCAAUGCCAAGCCAUCCAGCCUUACAAAAAAGAUCGGCGGAUAUGAUAGCAGCACCUUUGGCUGAAAAUUUAAUCCAACGACGAUCAGCUCACUUUGAAUCUAAUCUACCAAGUCUUGAACGCCGAUCUCCUGAUGAUGAUCCAACGUUUGGUUCGAGAACAAUUGACAACUGGCCCAUGUGGAGUUCAAGUUUUGGUAAUGGUGGUUUCAACCAUGGCUUUGGCAGUGGUGGUUUUGGUGGUGGUGGUUUUGCCAACUAA